CUUCUUAGCAAGCUUUGAUAAUUGAAGAAAGAAAAAAAAAAACAUAAAAAGAAAGAAAUGACAAAAGCUUAUCAGAUCAUCCUUGUUUCUUUGGCUGUUUGCAUUUUGUCUUCUCUCAAUUUUUCUUAUGGAGCAGCAUCCGAUCAAAACAAGUUCACCGUUGUAGGUCUUGUUUAUUGUGAUACUUGUCGUGUUGAAUUUCAGACUAGUAUAAGUGAACCUAUUUCUGGUGCAACAGUAAAAUUGGAAUGUAAGAAUCGAACCACUGAAAAAAUUACUUUUCAAAGCCCAGAAAUAACAACUGAUAAGGCGGGAAGCUACAAAAUUGAAGUGAUAGGGGAUUAUGAAGACUCAGACUGUGAUGUCAACUUGGUGAAGAGUCCACGAGCAGAUUGUAAUGAUCCCACAGAAGCAUGGAGGAAAGCCAGGGUGGAACUCACCGCGUUGGAUGGUGUUACUGGCCAAUUUCGCUUUGCCAACAAUCUUGGGUUUAAAAAGAAAGAAGCUCUUCCAGGUUGUAAAAAAGUUCUUACAGACAUGGGUUAUUAUGAGCUUAAGGAUGAACUUGGAAGCGAAGCCGCAUGACAUAUUUGUUUUGACUUGUUCUCGUGUAAUAAGAAUUGAGUAAUUAUGAGUAUCUCACUGUAUAUUCAUAAUUUAUUCAAUUUUUUACUAAGAAAGUCAUGAAAAAAGAGAGAUGAUUUUAGCAUUGAUCAAAUCAAUUCCACCAAAAAAACCCCCACUUUAUUAGCUUUAUAGCAAUGCAAGAAUCUGUUGAUGCUAACAA